AUGGAGUUUCAGGAAUGGAAGCUUGAUUCUAGACUUAUAGAUAUUCCUUUUACCGGUCCUACCUUUACUUGGACUAAUGGUCAUAAUACUGGACAACCAACUUUCGAACGUCUAGAUAAAGCUUAUGCUUCACAAAAUUGGUUACUACAUCAUCCAGAGGCUUCUCUCCUGCACCAGCCGAUUCUAUUUUCAGAUCAUGCUGCUAUUAUUCUCCGAGAGAACAAAAAUUCGGAGGGUCGCAAACCUUACAGGAUUGAUAAUUGGUGUCUACUCUCCAAAGAGGUGGCUUCUAUUAUUACUCUAUCUUGGGCUUUGGAUUUCUCGGGUUCACCUAUGUACACCAUUUCUCGAAAAUUGGAAAACUUACGUUCAAAACUACUUAAAUGGUGUGUUACUCACAGGAAAUUAUGGGGUAUUAAUUGGAAAGAAUUACAUGAAUCCCUAUCUCCGUUAGCCCAGGAUCUAGAAUCCAAGCUUCACCGACACCUUUUUCUUUCUUUAAGAGAAGAGAAAAUCAGGCACUCUCAGACAGCCUAUCUCUAUUGGAAACAGCGGGCUAAAGUCAAAUGGGAUGCUUUGGGGGAUUCUCACUCUCAUCUACUGUUCUCUCAUGUUCAAGCUCGACGUCGGAAAAAUGCAAUUUGGGGUUUACAGGAUUCCUCCGGUCCUGAUGGUUUUUCAUCGGCUUUUUUCAAAUCUCACUGGACUGUUGUUGGGCCCUCGGUGAUUAAUGUUGUUCAGUAUUUCUUUUUACAUGGUCAUAUGCUCAAGGACUGGAAUCGCACAUUUAUAGUUCUCAUUCCAAAGACUGAUCAUCCUCAACUACCUUCCCAAUUUCGGCCUAUAGGUUUAUGCAAUGUUCUCUACAAAUGCAUAGCCAAAUGCCUCUCUUCUCGGCUACGGCAAAUAUUGCCUUCCCUUAUUUCAAAUUGCCAGAAUGCCUUUGUUCUCGGCCAGCUUAUGUCAGAUAAUAGUCUGUUGGCUCAUGAAGUACUAUCAUAUAUGAAUCGAUCACGAGGUCGUUCAAUGUCUGCUGCUCUCAAACUUGAUAUGAACAAGGCUUAUGAUAGGGUUAAUUGGCAGUUUUUGUGGCAAGUUCUUCAGUGGUUUGGUUUCCCUCCCUACUGGAUUCAUAUCAUUCAACAAUGUGUUUCUUCAGUUUCAUAUCAGAUUCUUGUUAAUGGCAAUCUAACAAAAGUCUUCCAUCCUAGAUGCGGUCUUCGUCAGGGAGAUCCUCUUUCGUCCUACUUGUUUGUUCUUUGCAUGGAGACGAUUCUCUUCUGUUUUUAUUUGGAUCUUCCUGUUGAUAUUGGGAGAAGCAAAUGUAAAGCUUUUCAACCUCUGGUAGAUAAGAUAACAACUCGCCUGACAAAUUUUGCCCCACUGCAUCUUUCAGCGGCAGCUAAGUUAGUGGUGAUUAACUCUGUUUUAGUCGCUUCUAUUAAUCAUGUGUUAUCGGUAUUUCGAAUUCCGUCUUCCAUCAUCAACAAAAUAAAUAAUCUCCUAAUCAGAUUUUGGUGGAAGUCAAGCAACCAGUCCAACGGUUUAGCCCUUACCCCGUCGUCGAUACUGUUUUGUCCUAAAGGAAUGGGGGGCUUGGGUAUUCGACAUCUGGGUUGUUUCAAUUCUGCUCUUCUAGCUAAGCAGGCUUGGCGGAUUAUGCAUAAUCCGCAAGUUCUAUUAUCACAGGUUCUUAAGGCUAAAUACCCUGCGCUUUUACUCCAAAAUUCUAGAGGUCGUAUUUCCACUCCAUCAUGGGGGUGUCGUAGCAUUUUGCAUGGUUUUCAAACUUUACAAUUGGGUUUGAUCUGGAAGAUUGGGAAUGGUUCUCAAGUUUGUAUUCUUCAGGAUUCUUGGGUGCCUAACUCAACUGUGCACUUCAAGGAGUCCAUUGCUGGUUCGGUUUUACCGACUCUGGUGUCUUCUCUUUUGGAUCCCAACUCUAAUGAUUGGGAUUCCACUUUGAUACAUACUUUAUUCCCUCCUUCCAUUGCGGCCAAGAUCCUCAGUCUUGAAAGACCCCCGCGGCUUAUGGAUGACUACGUUUACUGGAAGUUCACUAAGGAUGGGGUUCUCUCUACCAAAUCUAUUUAUGCUCGAUUGGUUAGUUCCUCAGAUUGGUUUCCUCAAACUUUACCUUCGAUCCAUCCUCUUCAUUGGCGUAAGAUUUGGGCUUUACCUAUACUUCCUAAGUGGAAAAUCUUUCUCUGA